AGUAUACUUUUAGAAAUAGUAUCACUUUUGAAUUAUGCUAGUAGACAGAAACCUCAGAGUAUUUCAGAAUUCUUUGAAAUAUUAUUUGAGAAUAAUUGGUGUAAUAUGUUGAAUUCUUUAAAGAAUUUAAAUUCUUUAAAGAUUUCAAAUUCUUUUUCUAACCUUCCAGAUCUACCAAAUUUCAUAAAAUUACUUUAUUCUCCUAUACCUACCAAAUCUUUACAACUUUCAGCUCUUUUGCCAGGAAACAAUCUUUCUCCUCUUUUGUUAAUUUCUGCUUCAAUAAUAAAUUCAAAUUCAAUAAAUUUUUGUUGA